AUGGUGUUGCCAAGAUUAUUUAAUGCUACUUCACGUACUGCUGUGCAAGCAGCCAGAUCAUCCACCAGAUCUUUAGCUACUGCUGCCAAAGCUGCUGAUGGUAAAGUCAGAGCUGUUAUUGGUGCCGUCGUUGAUGUCCAAUUCGAAGAAGGAAAUUUGCCAGCUAUUUUGAAUGCUUUGACCUUGAAGAACGGUAAACAAGACUUGGUCUUGGAAGUCGCUCAACAUUUGGGUGAAAAUACCGUCAGAGCAAUUGCUAUGGAUGGUACCGAAGGUUUGGUUAGAGGUACUUCUGUCACUGACACUGGUGCCCCAAUCUCUGUCCCAGUUGGUAGAGGUACCUUGGGUAGAAUCAUCAAUGUUACUGGUGAUCCAAUUGAUGAAAGAGGUCCAAUUGAAUGUAAGAAGAGAAACCCAAUUCACGCUGAACCACCUACAUUCAUUGAACAAUCCACUGCCGCUGAAGUUUUGGAAACCGGUAUCAAGGUUGUUGAUUUGUUGGCCCCAUACGCCAGAGGUGGUAAGAUUGGUUUGUUCGGUGGUGCUGGUGUCGGUAAAACCGUCUUUAUUCAAGAAUUGAUUAACAACAUUGCCAAGGCUCACGGUGGUUUCUCAGUCUUCACCGGUGUCGGUGAAAGAACCAGAGAAGGUAACGAUUUGUACCGUGAAAUGAAGGAAACUGGUGUCAUCAACUUGGAAGGUGACUCCAAGGUCGCUUUGGUCUUCGGUCAAAUGAACGAACCACCUGGAGCUAGAGCUAGAGUUGCUUUGACCGGUUUAACCAUUGCUGAAUACUUCAGAGAUGAAGAAGGUCAAGAUGUCUUGUUGUUCAUUGACAACAUUUUCAGAUUCACCCAAGCUGGUUCGGAAGUGUCUGCUUUGUUGGGUCGUAUUCCAUCCGCUGUCGGUUAUCAACCAACCUUGGCCACUGAUAUGGGUCUUUUGCAAGAACGUAUUACCACCACCAAGAAGGGUUCAGUUACCUCAGUCCAAGCCGUUUACGUGCCAGCUGAUGAUUUAACCGAUCCUGCCCCAGCUACCACUUUCGCUCACUUGGAUGCCACUACUGUGUUGUCUAGAGGUAUUUCUGAAUUGGGUAUCUACCCAGCUGUCGAUCCAUUGGAUUCUAAAUCAAGAUUGUUAGAUGCCGCUGUUGUUGGUCAAGAACAUUACGAUGUUGCUACUGGUGUUCAACAAACUUUACAAGCUUACAAGUCCUUGCAAGAUAUCAUUGCUAUCUUGGGUAUGGAUGAAUUGUCUGAACAAGAUAAAUUGACUGUCGAGAGAGCUCGUAAAAUUCAAAGAUUCUUGUCUCAACCAUUCGCUGUUGCUGAAGUUUUCACUGGUAUUCCAGGUAAAUUAGUCAGAUUGUCUGAAACUGUCAAAUCAUUCAAGGAAGUUUUGGAAGGUAAGUACGAUAACUUGCCAGAAAAUGCUUUCUAUAUGGUUGGUGGUAUCGAAGAUGCUGUUGCCAAAGCUGAAAAGAUGGCUGCUGAAGCUAAAUAA